UGUGUUGUUAGUUAUGUCGGGGGACGGCUUGGGGGAAUACUUAAAGCAGCUUGAACAAGUUUCUGUUGCAUUGACACUAACUCCAGACAAUGAAGAGCUCAAGCAGCUGGCAUCAAGUUUAAAGGAGCUGAUCGAGCUGACAGAGCAGCAUGAAGAUGAAGACACACAUACCGAGCAGCCUGCAAACGGAUGGGAAGACAAUGCUGCAUCAAGAUCUCUGGAUGAUGAGAUGGCUCUUUUUCAGUCGGAGAUUGCGGCAGUGGAGCGGGCCGACGAUCGGGAUCUGACCGGCUCCGAGGCUGACUCGCCAGAUGGCGACACUGAGCAGCCGCCAGACGGCGCUGACGACCAGCGGCGGCAGACUGCCGAGGAGCUGAAGGCAAGCCUCCAGGGUUUGGUCGGCGCCCGGUGCAGCGCGCCCUUCACCCAGGCCUGGGGCCAGCUCGAGUACCACGCCGCCAUUGUGGAGGCCGUCGACGACGCCAGCCUGGAGGACGCCCUCUCGGCCGAUGACGUCAAGGUCCGGGUAUUAUUCAGCCAUCCCACGCAGCGAGUCAUGCAGCCCUGCAAGUACUACAUGCGCCACACCUGCGACUACGGGGAUGAAUGUCGGUUCUCUCACGGCCACCUCGUUUCCGUGUGCGACAUCAGGGAGUACAGUGACGCCGUGUCCGGUCUGUCGCCGGGCGCCGCCGUGCUGGUGCGCCGCGACGCCGACAGCGGGCUCUCCCAGCCCGGACAAGGCGGGGACGUCAGCAGCUCGGACAGCGAGGACGGGAGCGCGCCGGAGCCUCGGUCCGCCGGCGACCCGGACCCGGAGGAGGCAGAGUUCUGCCCGCGUGUCACCUGGGAGGACAUCGCCUCCACGGGCCAGCUCGGCUCCUGGGAGAAGCACACCAAGCCGAUGACGCGCGAUCUCAUCUCCCUGCGUCGGCGCGUGCAGGGCGUGGGCUCGCGGUUGCUGCGCCAGAUGGGCUACGUGACAGGCACCGGGCUGGGCCCGCUGGCCGACGGCCGCGUCGAGCCGGUCGAGGCGCGCGUCUACCCGGCCGGCCGCUCCCUCGUCGGCGCCGCCUGA